AUAUUAAAGCCAAGGAUGAAGGUAAGUUAUUAUGCUCGAUGGUUUGCUUGGGAAGCUUGUUUUCUUUCUCUUCUGGGGGCCCUCCUUUUGGGGGAGGAUAUAUAUGUUGUGGGUUGAGAGUUAUUGCGCUACAGAAGCUGUGGCUAUAGAAUUGAAGUAUUGGUUGACCGGGUUGGGCUUAUCUUUUCUGGGGUAGUCUUUUUAGUUUCUGGGUGUGUUUUCAAGUUUAGGGACUUUUACAUGCGAGGGGAGCCGUAUAGUUCCCGGUUUCACUGUCUUCUAAUGUGUUUUGUAUUCUCUAUAGUGCUAUUUAUUUUUAUUCCCAAUUUGUUUGGUUUGAUGUUAGGAUGGGACGGUUUGGGGAUUUUUUCAUUUCUACUGAUUAUUUUUUACCCCGCAAGUAGUUCUUUGUCAGCUGGUUUUUUUACGGCUUUGACUAAUCGGCUGGGGGACAGUUUUAUUAUCUUAGUUAUGCUGUUUAGAGGUUUAUCACUAGGAGAAACAAGGUGCUUAGGGGAAGGCUUGGGUUUUCUUGGGUUUUUUUUGGCCCUAGGGUCCAUAACUAAGAGGGCUCAAUACCCCUUUAGAUCUUGGUUACCUCAAGCAAUAGCAGCCCCCACACCCGUGUCUUCUUUGGUCCAUUCUUCUACGUUGGUUACAGCGGGGGUGUUUCUCAUUAUCCGAUACUGUGAAGGGCUAAGUGGGGGUGUUUUAAGGGUGUUACAGUGGUCCUCCCUGAUCACCCUCAUGAUCUCUGGUGUGGCUGCUUGUCUUGAGUAUGAUCUAAAGAAAGUGGUAGCUUUGUCUACGCUUUCGCAGGUUUCCCUGAUAAUGUUUUCUGUGAGGGUUGGUUUUCCCGCGCUAGCUUUCUUUCAUCUGGUGGCUCAUGCGGUGACUAAGGCGCUUCUGUUCAUUUGUGUUGGGCUUAUCAUCAAGGGGUAUGGCCAGGAUUUACGUCGACUAAGGAGGUGCUUUAAGGAAGCUCCAGAGGUAAAGUGGUAUUUUAUUAGAAGAUGUGCUGGGCUUUGUGGGUUUCCCUUUUUCAGGGGGUUUUAUUCAAAAGAGAUAAUUUUAGAGACUUUGUUUAUGAGGGAGCUCAGAGUGGUAGGAACUUUUCUUUUUUUGGUGGGGGUAUUUAGAACUGGGUACUACAGGGCUCGUUUAAUCUUCUUCUGUUUUUUUAGGAGUCUAGGUAAAGGUCGGGAGAGUGGCUCGAUGGGAUUUCGAAGAAGGGGUUGUGACUUGCCAGAAGUUCAUUCCUGCUGUUUCCCCCUUUUUUUGUUUAGGGUUUUUAUAGGAAGUUGAGGGUCGUGGUACAUUUUUACUUCUCCUUGCUUAUACUCUUUCGGGCUUGUGAAAUUUAUGGCUAUUAGAAUUCCGGGGUUGGGGGUUUGGUGGUUUUGGGUGCGUGAGAUUGCACAGUCUUACCGAGGUCAUUACUUCUGGCAGGAAGUUGACUUUGGGGGGGAAAGUUGGCGGGAGAGAGAGGUAAACAAAUCGGGAGUCUGGCGUCGCAGUUUCUUUCGAGAGUUAGGGUUUUUGGAUGGGUUAAGAAGCCAGCCUUUUGUAUAUUGGGGUUUUAUGCUGUCAGAGGAAGUAAACUCUUGGAUAGAGCAGGGAUGGUUGGAAUACUGUGGCCCCAUGGGGCUCUCCAGUUGGUUCAAAAAUUUCCUGGACUGUAAUAUGCUUAUAAGCAGUCAUUGGUUUAAUUUCUAUGUUGUUCUGUAUGUGGCUUGUAUUGUUUUCUGGGUUAUCAUUUCUUAA